AUGGAUGCGUACUGCGUAGUCUUAGCACCAAUCUACGAUGAGAGAUCUAACGAAUUCUGUCUCUCUUGCGACCUAAGCCAGAGUUCUUUCUCCACCGAAUCCGCAUCUAACGUAGAAACCUGCUUUGGCUAUGCCAACUACACCGACGCCCGGCAAUGCUACAACGGCAACCCCCACGGCGGGGGCCACGGCGGGGUCGGCGGCCUCAUGCUCGACCCGAUCGACAGCUGCAACGACCCAUUAUUCUUCCUGCACCACGCCUACCUCGACAAACUCUGGUGGGAAUGGCAGAUGGCCGAUCUGCCCCGUCGGCUGUACGAUAUGGGUGGGAAUAACACCGCCUCGCAGUAUAUUCUCGACCAGGCGGGACUUUCUCAGCCUGGGGGGGGGGGGAUGUUCUGGAUUAUGAUGGGGAUCCGGGAACGAUCACGACGCUGA